AACCGGAUAUCCGCUUUCUUUUAGUAGACCUGUUGAACAUUCGUUGCACGUGGAUUUGCUCAGAAAAAAAGGCCUUGCUUUUAUUUACUGUAAUAAAGUCGGUUUAUCGUAAUUUUUACUUUGAAAGCUUAAAUCCGAGCUUCUGCUGCGAUGUUUCUGCAGUUUUACCUCAAUGAGAACGGAGACAGAGUCUACACUCUGAAGAAAGUCAAUCCUGAUGGGCAGCCCACCAGCUCGGCCCACCCUGCUCGUUUCUCUCCUGAUGACAAGUUCUCUAGACACCGUGUGCUGUUGAAGAAACGCUUCGGCAUCCUGCUCACCCAGCAGCCCAGACCUGUUCUGUGAGGGUGGGGGAUGAUGGUGGGAAGACGAGAGAGGCUGGAGACCUGGAGAAGACAGGAUGGAGGAGAACAGCUCAAAGAUGAAGAGGAGAAAACCUCAAGCCUGGAUUUAAAAAGACUGUUCUGGAUCAGCAGGAGUUUGUGUGAUUUUUCUCUUAAAUAAGUUCUAGGUUUUUCUUGAGGUAAUGUAAUUUCUCUGCUAAUGUGGUUAUGAUUUGUACUCGUUAGUUCCUAUGUGUGUUUGGUAUCCUAACUAAAUGACAACAAAACCAAGAUUAUGUGAAAAUGAAAUUCAGAUGUACAAGUAAAGAAUGCUAAAAGUGGUGUUGCCCAAAAACAGCUCAAGCAAUUCAUGUCUAAAAAGGCAUUUUGUAUUUAUUGUUUAAUGUUUUUAUUAGGCCUUUUUCUAUUUGUUCCUCAUCAUUUUCAUCCACUUUUUCCACUGACAUUGGCUAUAAAAACUAACGAUUUUUGUUAACUGGAGUGCCUCUAUAUUUCAAAACUGAAACUCAGCUAAAGAUUUUGUGGACAGAUAAAAAAUAUUUUGAAGAUGAUGU